AUGACCUUGGAAGAUUUCUUCACCCUCACCGAAAUGAAAAAUGGUCUCACAACUUGUGGAAGAGUCGAAGAGCUUAUAUGCGUGAUGCAAAAAUGGAAUUGUGUUACGAAUAAUGUAGGAGACGCGGCGAGGCAAUGGUCUACUGUUGCCAGCACCCUCGCUUGCACGAAAAGUAGGGAAUGCCUUUCUCUCUUUGUUCAUUUAAAUGGGUUAGGCUUUCUAAAUCAUUGGCUGCAGGAAGCUGUUAAAUGCAGCAUAGAUAUUGUUGACGGCGAGGAAUUGAUUAACACUUUAAUAGAAUCACUCGAGAAGCUCCCUACAAACCCUGAAAAGUUGAGUUCAUCCGGAAUAUUUGCAACGGUGGAGAAGCUUUUGGGCCACAAAAAUGCAAAUAUAAAUGAAAGAGCGCGAAUGUUGUUUGAUAAGUGGAAUAAUGAUAACGAAUGCCAAGAAAUGGAGAAAAAUGGUUCAUGUCAUGUUGAUAGUUGUACACCCUCCGUCGAGUUCAAACACGCCGUCGAUGAAGUUGUUGACAAAUCUUCUCGUCAAACAACUGACGAGGAAAGUCAUGAAGUAGAUUCCAGUCUAAUACAAAACCUGUCAGUAAUGAGCGACAAUGAUUUUCAGUUAGGGGAUGUUGAUGAUCGAAAAUAUUCAACAACGAACCAAACCUUGCCAGUGAUUGCUUCUGCCAAAAAUGAUGUAUCUGAUGCCGGCCAAGAGAAUUAUGCUGUUGAAGAAGGAAAUUUUAUUCCUAAAUCAGAAAUAGCAUUUCCCCCUACAACUUCAUCUCCUAAGAUUCAUGUCAAAGAUGAUGAUCCGUGCAACAUUUCAGUUCGGGAUGAUGUGAUGGCAGAGGUGAACGAGCGAAAAAGUGACUCAUGGGAGGUUAGAGCGAAUCCUAAAGUUGUUCGAAGCGCAUCGUGCACACUAACACUCAACAAAGGAAAUCUGGAUCGAUCAGAUGGUAAGGAGGUCAUUCAUAGGUGUGCUAGUGUGGAUGGGGUGUGGACCGAAUAUUUAAAGACAAUGGGUGUCAAAUCAGGCGAACAUGAUUCAAGCUCCUGGAAAAGAGAAGCUACAGAAAAUAGUGGUGAUGCAGAAAAUAGUGGCGAUAGCGACCCCUGUAAUGAGGACCCUUCGAGGACAUGUGAAGGAGUCGAUACAUUUAUCUACGAGGAACCUUCUAAAACUUCAAAUGAUCAGGUAAUUCGAGAAAUGGAGAAAAGUUCUGAUUCAGAAGCUGAAUCGGGAGAGAUGGAUGCAUUGGAAAUUGCUCGUCUAGUAGCAAUUGAAGUUGAACGAGAGGUUGUUGAUUACAGAGAGGAGUUAUGUAGCUCUUCUUCUGAGUCCAGCUCAAAUGAGGUUAUCAACAAUGCAAGUCCUAUUAAAGAUGAUUGUGAUGUCACUUCUCCUCCUAAGAAUGAUGAUCGCAUGGUUGUAGAAACAGCUACAGAUCCUUCAAAACAGGACCAAAGCCCAGAAUUUCAAAAUGAAGCAGCUGUUAUUCAGGAUUCUAGAGCUAGAACUGAAAUGAGAAAAUUUGAUUUUGAUUUAAAUGAGGAUGCCUGUACUGAAGAUAUUGAUUGUGCAGUAGAUCCUAUUAACCCAAGUAUUCUAAUGAACUUGUCUGCACCAAUAGCUGUUUCUGCUUCCAAAGGAGCUCCUUCGUUUCUGAUCACUCCGCUAUGUUUAGAAGGCGGAUUGGGUUGGAGAGGUUCCGCUGCUACGAGUGCUUUCCGCCCCGCAUCUCCUCGAAGAACUUCUGAUGGUGAAAAGUCCGAAUCAGGCUCAAAAUAUAAACCAAAUUUGAUAGAAUUUGAUUUAAAUGUUACAGACUCUGGGAAUUAUUUACCAUUGGACACUAUCGCAGUACCUGUUUCUUCUGGUAUACCUUCGUGGAACUCAUCGUCCGAAGUCAGUUCGCUGAAGCCGGAGAGGAUAAAACUCGACCUUAACAAUAAUGGAGAAGAUCAAGCAACACCAUCUCACUCACUGCUCGUAAAGCCUUAUUUCGUAAGCAGUGGCCAAACCUCUUCUCCAGCAUCGUCAUCAUCGCGCAAACAACCACCUCACAAACACUUCGACCUGAACGACAAUCUUUUUUCAUCAGAUGCCGCCGUUUCCAAACACAUCAACCUCUCCAAGGCGGAGAACCCCCAUGGAGUUAGAACUGACGAGCCGAUAAUCACGAUCAUGGGCUCAAGGAUGUCGACGGCGGACAGAAGAAUUCACCCCAACCCAACACAUCCAUCCUGCAUACCGAACGGAUUAAACUUCGAUCUCACUUUGCCUACCGGUCCAAUCCUACCUUACCCACCUCACCCAAACUAUGGUUACAUUGCUCCGGGCACCGGAAUGGCCGUACCUUUCCCGCCGGCGGGAGAUGGGGCUGCUCAACCUAAAGAAGCUCUUCACCUGACUAUCGGUUUUCUGUUUAAUAUGACUGGCUCCCUUCGUAAACAUUGA